AUUGUCCCCCAAUUGCUCCGUUCCUAUUCAGUUUUGCGACAAUAGGAGCUUUUGGGUCCUUUCAAUAAGUACAAUAGCUCGGCCUCGGAUUGUGUUGGUCUGAAUAGGCCUUGGUGGGAUAUAUAACCUCCUCCUCUCCCCUGUGCCAACGGCCUCGAUCAGUUCUUAUACUUUUGAUUUUCCCAAACUUUCCAAGCUUCCCGUUGUGACUCUCUCGGCAAGCCAACCCCGCCACACUUUUCACUCUUGACCCCUACCGCGCAAGGCGCACCAGCAAUCGACCUGCACCAACUCCCCUUACUUUACUCAUAGGCGCAAAGUCACACGACAGGCCCCUACAGUCAUAAGAACGUCCACAGAUCAAUUCGACAAUGAGUGACGUCGCGCCCAAGGUUGAGGUCGCGGCGCCGGACGCUGCGGCCGCCGUCAAGGCUGAAGAGCCGGCUGCCAUCAAGGCGGAAACCUCAGACACCCCCCUUCCUGCUGCUUCGGAUGCCGACGCUGUCAAGGCCGCCGAGAAGCCCAAGACCGAGACCGCCGUCGAGGCUGCUGAGGAGAUCGAGACCGAGGCUGUCAAGGAAGCCAAGGAUGAGCCUGUCGAGGAGGCCAAGACUGAGCCUGUCGAGGAGGCCAAGACUGAGCCUGUCGAGGACACUGCUGCCGGUACUAUUGAGGAGGCCACCAGCGAUUCGCCCGAGGAUGGUGUCGAGGAGGAGAAGGGAGAGGAUGCGUCGGAGGAGUCGGCCAAGAUCCUGAAGACCACAGCCAAGGAAGACAGUGAUGCCGCCAACAACAGGAAAUUCGACGCAUCCCUCCUUCCCGAAUCCACUGAUCCUGCCGAGAUGCGCAAGCAGGUUGAGUUCUACUUCGGUGACAGCAAUAUAUCGCAAGACAAGUUCUUGUGGGAGAACACAGACGGCUCCAAGAAGCCAAUCAAACUCAGCAUCAUCCACAACUUCAAGCGCAUGCAGCGUUUCAAGUCGUACGAGCAGCUGGUUGCUGCUCUCCGUCAGAGCGAGAUGCUCGUGAUCGCCGGCGAGCCAGGUGAGGAGACAGUCGCGCGCAAGGAGCCUUACGACCCCGCGCGUGGUCAUAAGCCGACCCUCCGGACCGUCUACGUCAAGGGAUUCGGCGACGAGGAGCCCACGACGCAGAUCGACCUCGAGAUGUUCUUCAACAGCUUCGGCCUCGAGGUCGAGGCCGUCCGUCUCCGGCGCACAGACAAGAAGCUCUUCAAGGGAUCCGUGUUUGUCGAGUUCAAGACGGACGAAGACUUCAAGAAGUUCCUGGGGCUAGACCCCAAGCCCAAGUGGAAGGACCACGAUCUGAAGAUCAUGUCCAAGGUUGACUACUGCGAGGGGAAGAACGAGCAAAUCAGGGCUGGCCUCAUCAAGCCAUCGGCCAAGAAGGCGUUCCGGGCUGGUGUGCAGCAGCCAAGCCGUGGUCGGGGCCGUGGCAACUCAGAGAAGCGCGAGUGGAAGGACCGCCGAGAUGGCGACCAGAAGCAAGGCUCUAACAACAGCCGGGGUGGCCGUGGGGGUCGUGGGGGUCGUGGUCGGGGUGGUCGGGGUGGUCGUGGCCGUGGCGGACGUGGCGGCGGCGGUCGUGGCGGCCACCGCGACGGCGACCGGGAUGGACAGCGUAACGGUGUGAAGGAGGAGCACAAGCCCAGCAACGGCAACGAUGUCAAGCCCACCAUCCACUCUUCUGCGCCCAAGAAGGAGGCCAACGGCAACGGCAAGCGGCCACGCGACGGCGAGGCAUCGGGCGAGGCGCCGGCGGCCAAGAAGAUCGCCACCGGUGACUCAUGAAAUUACAGUUAUGACACGACAUCCCCUUCCCCCACGACAAUCUCGAUUUCCGUUGCAUAUCCUUGUCGCCAUCUCAUACCGCGUUCUUUCUCAAAUUCUUAUUAUGUUUUCUUAGGGGUCAAGGCGUUGGCAUGACUGGAAUUUCCUUUUGAGGCACAGUUGAUACUCCAACUUUGUAACUUGGCAUGGAGGAGAAAAUAUCAUA